CAACUGCGUUCCCCACAACCCAGUACCUGAAAAAUCCACUCUUUCUUUCUCUCUUUCUCUCUCUCCUUAACUCCCCAACAAAUAUAUACCUUCCUUUUGCUUAAUUCUAUGAUCACAAUCUCAUCUUUCUCUCUCACAGAAAGAAAAAACCUCUUCAAUUUCUCCUGUCUCAAAGAUUCUCAAUUGGGUCUUCGAAAAUGCGGAUGAGCUGCAAUGGAUGUCGAGUUCUGAGAAAAGGUUGCAGUGAGAAUUGCAGCAUCAGACCUUGUUUACAGUGGAUCAAAAGCCCAGAAUCUCAGGCCAAUGCUACUGUGUUUCUUGCUAAGUUCUACGGCCGUGCUGGGCUCAUGAAUCUCGUUAACGCCGGCCCAGAACAUCUUCGUCCAGCGAUCUUUCGUUCGUUGUUGUACGAGGCAUGCGGUCGGAUAGUGAACCCGAUUUACGGUUCAGUUGGUUUGUUGUGGUCGGGGAGCUGGCAGCUGUGUCAGGCCGCCGUGGAGAACGUCUUGAAAGGCGCACCGAUUACGCCGAUCACGUCUGAAGCGGCUGCUAGCGGGCGGGGUCCACCACUGAAGGCAUACGACAUACGCCACGUGUCAAGAGAUGAGAACUCCGCCGCGUCGAACGAAACUCAGCAGCAACGAGUCAAGACUCGGUCUAGGGUCCGGCGUCCCGUUGCCAACGCCAAGCCCAAAUCCACCACAAACGAAAACAACGGUGAGAAGGGAACCGAAUUGGGGUCUUCUGAACCGGGUUUGAUGACAUGCGAAUGGACCGAAGAGGCGGUGAAUCGAUCUGGAAGUCACGAAUCAUCGCUGAGCCACCAGUCUGAGGCGGCGAAUGCGGUGGAGAGCGAGAGCAUGGUGUCGGUGGAGACGGCGGAGACUUCGAUCCUCUUCCGAGAUGAACCGGAUUCAAACCCGAAGAUCGUGCAACGAACCGAUGAUGUUGGUUUGGAGCUUACGCUUGGGUUCGAACCGGUUUCACGUGCGCAGCACGUGGUUCCAGUGAAGAAGAGACGGAUCGAGUUGAAGGAUUUUAGCGGCUCGGCUGAGAGUGGGUCGUGCAAGAUGGAGCUGGGGCUUGAAUGCUCUGCUUGAGCGACUCGACUCUCGGCUCAGUUUUGAUUCCAUCGGCUUUAUGUAUGUCUUUGAUACAAGAGAUCAGAACCCUUUUGUCGUUUUUUUUUCUUUUAAUAGUUUGUUUUUUCUCUUUUGUAAUUGGGUUAUUUUUAACCUUUUUUUUUCGAAUGUGAAUGUGGUGCAGUACAAACUUAAACAUGAAUGACAACUUAAGUAGAUUAUGAAAAA